AUGUCUUCUCCGAUCCUUCUUACCGCCGAGGGGUUUCCCGAAUACCCCCCACGGACUGCUGUCCCGCCUCUUUGUCUCGACGCCUCAAUCUCCCGUGAAAGCAUCAACGCAGGCGAGGUGGUGAGCCGAUGGAUUGCAGCUCUGAGCCGGGCUAUAGACAAGAACGACGUCGCAGUUUUUGAAGGUCUGUUUGUGCAGGAAUCGUGGUGGCGCGACCUUGUGGCUCUGACCUGGAACAUAACCUCCAAGAACGGCCCGUCGGCCAUCAGCGCCUACGUGCUGGGGUCAGUUUCCGGGUUUGGAGGCAUCACUGUGAUAAAAACGCCCUCCUUAGCCCCAAGUCUACAGCAGUUGGGGUCUGCAACAUUCAUCCAGGCGGCAUUCGCCUUCACGACCAAGUUUGGCUCUGGACGAGGCAUGGUUCGCUUGGCCAACGUCGGACCUAAUGAGUGGAAGGCGUGGACCGCUUCCACGGAGCUGGAACAUCUAAAAGAGGCCCAAGAGGCGAAUGAGGACGGAUCCCGGCGCGUAAAUUGCCUUGAAAAUGGACAGAAAGAGCCAAUGUUGGACGAGCUGCAGGUUCUGGUCGUCGGCGGUGGGCAAUGCGGCGUGUUUCUCGCUGCUCAUCUUGAGCACAUGGGCCUUUCGUACUUGCUGGUAGACAAGAAUCCUAGGGUUGGUGACUCGUGGCGAAACCGAUAUGAGACUCUCAAGAUUCAUACGCCCUCCUCCAUGAACAGCUUCCCGUUCUUGCGGUUUCCUACCAGCUGGCCUAGAUACAUGACUAAACACCAGUAUGGCGAAUGGAUGGAGUGCUACAGCAGAAUCAUGAACCUCAAGAUACGCACCAACACCACAGUCAGGAGAGUGGUGCGCGAGGACGGGACGAGGUGCCAUCGAAUUGAGCUGGAGACAAAUGGCACUCUGUACACGAUCAAGGCCAAGCAUGUCGUCCUGUCGACAGGCCUACACAGUGACCAGCCGGUUCGGCUAGACAUACCGGGCCAGGAAGCCUUCCGGGGACAGAUAUACCACACAUGUCAGCACAAAUCGGCAUCCGAGGUGUCCAACCUCGCCAACAAGAGCGUCACCAUCGUCGGCGUAGGACCUAGCGCCCACGACAUAGCCCACGACUUUGUCACCAGCGGCGCUGGAAGCGUGUCCAUGAUCCAGCGCAGCCCCAACGUCUUCGUCACGCCGGAUUCUUUGGAGAAGUUCAUCCUACGUCUCUGGACUACUCGAAACGUAAGCACCGAGGACGCGGACCUCAUCGAUACUUCCAUGCCCAACGUGCUCGCGCUUACCUUGGCCGCUGGAAUGACGCCUCUCUGCGCACAAUUCGACAGAGAUCUCAUCAAGGGUUUAGAAGAGGCGGGCAUGGCCAUCAGGAAGGGCGAAGAUGGCAUCAGCUUGCUGGAUCAUCUGCUCCUAAAGUCCGGCCACCUAUACAUUGACCACGGCGCGGCCCAGAUGGUUGUGGACGGGAGAAUCAAGGUCCACAGGUCCAGCAAGGGACUUGAAUCGUUUUACGACCGCGGCAUUGAGCUUGCAGACGGCAGAAAGCUCGAGUCGGAUGUGAUUGUUCUGGCCACAGGCUGGGAGCGCAACGGCAACGUCGUCGAACGGCUCCUUGGCAAGGAUUUGGCCAACCAAGUCAACUCGCGGGAAUGGGGACAUCUUGAUGAAGAAUCCGAGCGCAAAGGGUGGUGGCGGCCCAGUGGCGUUUCGGGCAUUUGGUGCAUGUCUGGCGCCAUCAGCUCGGCUAGGCAGUUUUCGAAGGUACUCGCUUUGCAGAUUGACGCCGUCGAAAGGGGAUACAAUGACCAGUAUUAUGCGGUGUAG